UUGUAUGUAAUAUAUUCUUAUGUUUUAGGUUUUAAUUGAAUAUACAUGACGUGCAGUUUAUCUGAUUUUAAACUGCCUGAUCCCGAUGUUCGGUUAGUUAUGUUUGGAGAUACUGUCUAUAAAGUGAAGUUACUCUUUCGAUCAGCUCAGCAUAAUGGAAUAGCAUCAGCAGAUAGUCAUAAUAUUUUCAAUGACGAUAAAGUGCAAUAUGAUAUAGAGCGUGUGAUGAAGUAUGUGCUCUACAAUCCUGAUCGUAUUGAUCCAAUUCAUACAGAUGAUCUUGUUAUUUAUCCUUAUAAAAAAAUUUGGAGCAACUCUAAAAAGCUUCAAUUUUCAAAAUAUGAUGUUAAACUGAAUACAUCUCCUUAUUUGUUUAUGUUUUACAUUGAGAAAAAAGUUGAUAGCACCACUGAGAAAUCUAGUAAAUAUAGCCAACAUGGUUACGUCUCAUCAUUUUUAAGUUAUAUAAAAGCCCCCUGGAAGUCCAUUGGCAAGCGAUUUUGGCUAUCAAGUUGAUUUCGUGUUUUUAAGCAAAGCUCCGAUAUAUUUAAGCAGAGUUCCGAUAAAUUUUACGAAAAUUUAAUUGUGUACUUAACUAUUCAAUUGGUUUAAUUGUUUACUUUAAUUUGA